AUUUUGGUACAUUCGACUAUUUGAACUGUGUCGUGUGAUUUAUGCAGCAAUGUCCACUCAGGAGAUCUUUGUUGCUGCAGCUCGUAAAUGUCUGUGCGUUGGCAGAAAAUCUCUCUCUGUACCUCAGAGUCUCGACUUGGCUACUCAGGUCUUGGCUGUUGAUUUGGGGUUGAAACCCGCUCUACUGUACGACAGUAACGGCAGCAGCUCAUCACAGGUGCAGCAGUAUUUGAGCUCUGUGCAGUCGUCCCAGCUUGUGUCUAAAUCGCUUCUCACAUUGGAUUUAAACGGAAACACUCUAAUUCUUAAUCCAGUUACGGUCAGAUCAAAUCUAGAGCAGGUGCUUCACGAUGGCAGUGUGGCUGUGAUCGAUAUCUGCAGCUCGCUGGAGAAGCCCGCCAUCACUGAGCCGCUCAGGGGAGAGCUGAAGAGCAUGAUACAUGAUAUACUGCUUCUUCUGAGAGGGUUCGAAAAACCGAAAGAGGCUGAGAAACCUCUUUGUGUCAGAGAGAAAUGUGAUGAAUGGAACCUGUGCACAGCCUUCGGUCUCUUACUGGGUUACCCUGUCACCUACUGGUUCGAUCAGACCCACAGCUUUGAAAACUGUCUGUCUAUGACUCCCCUGACGGUGACCACGGCUGCAGCCACGUUGGGGGCAGGCUCCGCAGGUCACAGAUGUCGCCUGUACUCCUUCAGCAUCCCAGAUGUUCUGCUCAGAGAGACACAGUCCAACCUGGACAACUGGAGGCUCCGUUUACAAGAAAGGUUUCAGCAGCAAAAUGUCCUAAAGGAUCUUAGUGUUUGUCAAACCACAGUAACUCUGCCAUCAGUCUGUUUGUGAUGCCAACUUUAGCCCUGUUAGAGAAUGUGUGGGUGAACUUUUAUCACUUCAUUAAACUUUGGCAAAGCAAAAUUA